UCAUUCCGGCUGGGGGCGGUACUGCACCACAGCUCAGCUUCCCAACUGCCUUAAAAAAGAAGGCAAAGAAGAAGAAAAAGCGGACUCGCUUCCUUCCUCACACCGGUAUUUGUCGCUGGUUGUUCUACAUCAUGUUCAGAGUCGCCGUCCGACUUUCGGUCUCCGGUGUCCGGGGGUUAACUCGUCCACAGCCCAGGUGCCAAGCUGUUCUGGCUUCAAGGUGCUACUCGCAUGGAAAGCAGGAGACGGACGAGGAGUUUGAUGCCCGCUGGAUUACAUAUUUUAACAAGCCGGACAUUGAUGCAUGGGAGCUGAGAAAAGGGAUGAACACAUUGAUCGGGUACGAUCUGGUACCGGAGCCAAAGAUUCUGGAGGCUGCUCUGAGAGCCUGUCGGAGAUUAAAUGACCUGGCCAGCGCCAUCCGAAUUUUGGAGGCUGUCAAGGACAAAGCUGGGCCUCAUAAAGACAUCUACCCAUACCUGAUCCAGGAGUUGCGACCAGCGUUACAGGAGCUCGGCAUUUCUACACCCGAAGAGCUUGGCAUCGACAAAGUUUAGCCAAGACAAAAGACAAUGGACUAACCCAGAAAAAAAUCACCCUUGUGUUUAAAUAUUUGCCUGAUCAUCUGCGUGUGAUAUUUAAUUUGGCCUUUAAGUUCUUUUACAUGUAAAAUACGGAUUGAUAUAAUAAAGAACGCUUAUCUGAGUGUUAGAUCUAUACUGGAAUAUUUCCUUUUAAGGGCAUAUGAAAGCAAAAUGCUCCAUACAGGUUUCUGGAAGGGAGGAGAACGUCACCAAAUAAACCACACCGUCCACCACCAGGGGGCAGCAGUGUCACACGAAUGUUAAAGACUUGCUGUGUUUUGUCUGCUUUACAUGUUUUCAUUUCAGGGAAAUUUUGCUUGCGGGUGAAAUAAACUUGUUUCAAAUGACA